CAAAACUCCGCAAAAUUCUCGUCUUUUUUAUAAGUAGAGAGGGAUAGCGUCAUUGAGGUAUUCUAUAUGAGUUACACGAGACUGCGGGGGAGUUGACAUGCUUAGAAAAAAAUAAAGGGGAUGAUCUGUUCUUUUGAAAUACUGACUAAGGGCGAAAGCCGCCGGGAACGCGGCGGGAAGUGAGAUGAAUCAUCCCGUCUCCUGCUGGAAUAGCGCGUCGGAGUGGAAUACUGGACAUGGACAUUUGUGCGGUGUAUAGGCGCAGGGGCAAGUUCAAGACUCUGCUAUAGUUUACAAGGACGCUGCCUGUUCACGUUCGCGUCUGAACAUGUAACAAUGGAAGUUGGCGUGAUAUUGGAAAUGGCUGCGCAUUUGUCCCGUUUAUCGGAACGUCCACGGAAGGAACUACUUCAGAAAGUUUAUUUGAGAUACAUUAUUUCACCUGACACUUAAGAGGGGAGUUACAUUGCACUUCAAGCCGAUAUAGGAGCCCGCGACCCGAACGCACCAAGGAUGCCUACUGCUUUAGCUCACUCGCAGGCUCUCUACAUUGGUAUGGAGGUAGUGAUCGCCCUCUCCUCGGUCAUUGGGAAUGUCAUGGUGGUCUGGGCUGUGCGGAUCAAUCGUUCUUUGAGGGACACGACGUUUUACUUCAUCGUGUCUUUGGCACUAGCGGACAUUGCGGUGGGCGCGCUGGUGAUCCCGCUGGCUAUCACCAUCAGCAUCGGGCUCGAGACGCAUUUCUACAGUUGUUUGCUGGUGGCGUGCACCGUGCUGGUGUUGACGCAAAGUUCUAUCCUGGCGCUGCUGGCCAUAGCAAUUGAUCGCUAUCUCAGAGUGAAAAUCCCAAUGAGCUACAAGCGCGUGGUGACGCGGCGGCGUGCGGGCAUGGCGGUGGUGGUGAGCUGGCUGGUGGCGAUCGUGGUGGGCCUGACGCCCAUGCUGGGCUGGAACAACCUGGAGCGGCUGCGCGAGGAGGCCAGCAACGGCACGCUCACGGUGGCCUCGGCCGGUGGCGCCAACAACCCGGUGGUGGUGUGCCAGUUCGAGAACGUCAUCAGCAUGGAGUACAUGGUCUACUUCAACUUCUUCGGCUGGGUGCUGCCGCCGCUGGUCCUCAUGCUGGCCAUCUACGCCGAGAUCUUCUACAUGAUCCACCGGCAGCUCAACAGGAAGGUGACGGCCAGCCACCACGCCGACCCCAGCCGCUACUACGGCAAGGAGCUGAAGCUGGCCAAGUCGCUGGCACUGGUGCUGUUCCUGUUCGCCGUCAGCUGGCUGCCGCUGCACAUCCUCAACUGCCUGACGCUGUUCUGCCCGGCGUGCCGCAAGCCCAUGUACCUCGUCUACAUCGCCAUCCUGCUGACGCACGGCAACUCGGCCGUCAACCCCGUCGUCUACGCCUUCCGCAUCAAGAAGUUCCGCAGCGCCUUCCUGGGCAUCUGGGAGCGCUACGUGUGUUGCCGGGAGACGGGGAGGCUGCGGGGGCGGCCCAGCCAGCAGAGGGCCAGUCACGAGCGACGCCUGCGCACCAACGACGGCAUCUGAGAGACCCGAACG